GCGCUAUGGACCCUGAGUUCCCCGGGCUGGCUAAAGCGACAGCCUUACUCUCCUGUGAGGAGGCAGUGGUGGAUGUCCGGGGAUACGUCACGAGUGGAGACAGCCCGACGGCGGUGGUGGAGGCGGAGAAGGAGCACGUGAUGGUGGGAGUCCAGAUCAAGGUGGACGGAAGGCCGGGACUGCUGCUGGCCGAUCCGGGGUACCACGUGCCCAGGGUCGUCACUGUUAUGCAGGACGGACUUUAUCCUCACACAGGCUGGUUCACCCAAACCGACGACCAGUUCCUCAAGGAAUACAGUUACGCCUUCAGCCCCCACAACUCCAACUACGUGGAAUGGCGGGAGAGGACCACUCGCGACGGCAAUGUGAAGCGCCAGACGUCUCUAGUUUACACCGCAAGGCCGUAUCUGGAUGGCGUCAACGUCACUGAGAGGAGGAACCUUGUCUAUAACUUUAGGAGCCUCCUAGCCCGCGACCAGAAAGGCCAGCUAGUAGCCGGUCUGUACUUCCCCGUCGGCGCCCGCGGCAAAGACGCCUCCUUCACGAUCUUCUUCGACACGGGGGCUGAGAAGCGGAAGACUAAACACAAGUUCAGCGUCUUCAUUGACGAGAUUGAGAUCCCACAAUCCCUCGCCGACGAGAUCGAGCUCUGCAACAGCCAGAUGAACUACCCGCAAGGCGAACUGCGGCGCAUCCUCACCAAGCUCGCUAAGGUCGUCUCCCACCAGCCCUUCAUUGAGCAAAUGCUCGAGAUCAACGAGGACAUCUGCCGCAUCAGCCUCUGACGAGAAAAUGGCGUCCGCAAGAUGGCCGACGCCACAGACUAAAACAAAAUGGCGUCGGGGACAUUCCCGCCGCCAAAGUGUUUAACUGUUUACCCCCGCUUCUUUUUAGAUUAGCUCCUCUAUAUUUAUAGGUAUAUUUAUUAUUGUAUUUUGAAGUAUCAUUUAAAUUUAAUGUAGAAUUUUGGUGAUGGGAUUAUUUUACAAUUUUAAAUUAUUACUUAUACUUUGUAGGUUUAAAUUUAUAUUAUUUAUUGGGAUUGGUGAAUUUACUUGAUUUAGCAAUACAAUUUAUUUGACGGAAAUUUUGUUUCAUUAUACGCUUACCUAUAUAAUCGCAUAAAUAAAAGACACUAUUUAUGGUAUAUAAUUUACUAUUUAUUCCUAGUGAUCACACAAAGAUGAAAAUUAAACCUAACAUCAAUAAUACAUCUAAAAAUAUUUUUACCAUUCCUGUAUUACAUUAAAUGGAAUUUUUAUAAUAAGCUGAAUAAACGAUUAAAUAAACUAAAGUACUUUAUUGAACAAGUCAAUACACGGUUUUGUGCGAAACUAAUAUUUUAAAGUCAGAAAAAGUGGAAAAACGAAAUAAGUUUACUUUACAUACAUAAAUAAUCUAUCUUAAGUAUUUCUAAUUACUUAACUUAUACUUAUUUGUGAACUUACACAUGAGAUUGGGUUAGUUUACCCGUUUUAGGUCGGUUGGGGUUAAAUUAAACAUGGGGCAAAACCGACUUUGAUAACAUUCCUGACAAGGGUCAAAAUUAUCAAUUUUUUUCACACCCAACCUUAUAUCCGAAGUUAAUCGUGAUCGAUAGGAGAAAAUAACACAUACCUUAAAUAUAACUGCCAUAUAGCAGUCAGUUUUUGGUUCUCAGAAAGAACCGUCUUUAACAAAUAAAAAAAAAAUACCAAGAAAGGGACCUGGAGAAUCAUAAAAAAAUUUCAACCAGCUUUACUGCUAAGGUGUUAGAUGAGUUAUGUAUGUUUUGGAAGUGGGUGCAUUGAUAUAUCUGGGAACGUAGCCAAAUGCACAAACGCUCACGAUUAUAUCUGUUUCGUAGCUAUCUAUCUCUAUCGCUCUUGCGUAUUGGCGCGACAGAGCCAGACUGCAUUUCUGUCGGAGUCUGGCGUCGACGAUUGCCAUUCGGCUACGCAGGCUGAUGAUGACUGUACGCUUUAGUACAUUACAAUACAAGUGCAGAAAAGAGGAAA